GGUCCCGCUGCUUUCUCAACUCCCGAUCUUCAGGGUACUAUAGCCGCUUACGAUGGGCUUUCUCGGAGCCGGCAUGGCGACGGCGGCGGCGACGGAGGAGGACACGACGCGGUUGUGCGACCUCCCGGAGGCGUGCGUGGCGUACGUGCUCGCGCUCACCUCCCCGCGGGACGCGUGCCGCUGCGCCGCCGUGUCGCCCUGCUUCCGCGACGCGGCCGAGUCGGACGUCGUCUGGGCGCGCUUCCUCCCGCCGGACUACCGCGCCAUCCUCCAGCUGCACCAGGCGCCGGCGCGGAGCCUCCCUCUCUCGCGCUCCGGCUCCACGGCGGGGGCGGCGUCGCCGUCGGGCUCGAGCAAGAAGGAGGCCUUCCUCGGGCUCACCGACGCGGCCGUGCUGGUGGACGGCGGCGGCAUGGCGGUGUGGCUGGCCAGGGGGAGCGGGGCCAAGUGCGUGGCGCUGUCGGCGAGGAGGCUCAGCCUGCCGUGGGAGGACGGCGAGUUCAGCUGGAGGUGGACGCCCCACCGGCUCUCCAGGUUCGCGGACGUGGCCCAGCUGGAGGACUACACGUGCCUGGACAUCUACGGCCGGCUCCCCACAGCCGCGCUGACGCCGGCCACCGCCUAUGCAGCGUACCUUGUCUUCGUCACCACGGACGCCCACCGCGGCCUGAGCUUCCCGGACCAGGAGACAACGAUUAGCGUGGGCGGCAGUGCCCCAUCCCGCCAUACCGUGUGCCUCCGCCCCGACGCCGCCGAGGCACGCAGGUUCAGAGGCGGGAAAGGUACGGACGGCGUCGACGUGAGGGGGCCUGCGCUGCGCGGCGACGGGUGGUGGGAGAUAGAGAUGGGGCGGCUGCGCACCGGCAACGAGGCAGUGGCGGGGGAGGAGGUGGCGGUGAGCUUUGAGAUGCUGGGGUGGUACCACAAGCGUGGGCUCGUCGUGGAAGGCGUCGAGUUCAGGCCCCUAUGAUCAAAUCGAUGUCGGAGAUGACCUCAAGUUAAUACGGAUGUGUACAUACCCGUGAAAAAGAAUACGGAUGUGUAUGUCGUUUGCACUCUGCGCUGAAUGCCGGUACAUCAGUCGAUGAGCUAGCACGCGGUUUGCGUGCAGUUUGUGAAUAGUAAUUUGAGCAACUU